UUGCUGCCUUGUAACUUAUGAGCAUCUACUACAUGCCAGGCACUAUGCUAGGGGCACAGGGGUCUAAAGAUGAAUGGGACCUGGUGCCCGGCCUCUAAGGGCUUCCAGUCUGCUGGGGAGAUGGACAUAGACAGUGACCCCAGUCCAGACACAAGACCCCUAUAGCCAGUGUGCGUGGAGAAGUAACCAUCAAUUCCCCCCAAGAAUUGGCCACAGGCAACCUGGCUCCUUUGUGCAGCCUUUGGGAUUCUGGAUGUGCUUUAAGUUGCUCCCAUGUGGUAGUGGGUUACACCAGGAACCCCUUCUAAAGGCCUCCAAGUGGGUGGGAAGAAGAGCUUCAGGGCAGAAUGGGUGCAAGUGAUCUUGUCCUAGUUCACUGGUGUUGGCCGAGUUCCGUGGAGCUCGGGCUUCGGUCUGGAGGCUGUUUUCUCCUCCUCUGCCUUUGAGGUUUUGCUCCUGGUUUCUGGCGGGCCGGCCGAGCUCUCUUCCCCAAGAGGGGCUCCAUGCUAUUUCCAGUCCCUCCUGUGCUCAUUUCUCCCUGUGAAUUCCCUGGAGUGGGAAGGCAGAGUACGGUCCUUUAUUGUUUUGAAACCAAGUAACUGUGAAUACCCUUCUCACUCUGCUGGGCCUUGAGACUGGGGAUUUGGCGUGUGAGUUGUGGAAGGCCAGCUGCCGGGCCUUGGGAGAACUCUGGUGGGAGGGUCUACCACCGGACCUUCACAGGCAGUGAGCACUUGCUGAAGACCUACUGUGUGCCCAGCACCGUGCUGAGUCGUGGGUUGUGUCUUUUAAGAGGCUGUGGUUGGCUGAGGCUGUCCACCGUGUAACAGAUAUGCGACAGAGUGCUCUGCUUGUGGUGGAAACAGAGGGCCCCAGUGGGGCCGGAGGACAAUAGGAACAACAGCUCGUUUAUUAAGCACUUACUGUGUGCCAGGCACAGUUCAAAGUGCUUUCAUGAACGACUGAGUUUCAUCCUCCCACCACAGUGAGGUGGGAACAGUUACCUUCACGUUUUGCAGAGGAGGCAGCCUAGGAGGGUAAAGCCGCGCUGGGCGGUGGAGCUGACCUUGGAGCCCACGCUCUUCCCCCACUAACCCUGGGGUGUGCCCGGCAUCGUCGAAACCUCCUGCACCUUGAAGGACGGACGGGGAGUGCUCUGCCUGUGGAGGGAGAGGGCAUUCUAGGCAGAGGAAGCCCCCCUGGGCAGAGGUGCGGAGGCCUGAAAUACCUCACCCAGACAUGGCUACGGUGGGCCCAAGGCGUGAAGACCUUUGAAGGCCCCACUAAGGAGUUUGAGCUUGACCCCAGUGUGGUCAACAGGGAGCCCUGAAGUUUUCAAAAAGGAAGCGACAGCCUCAGCCGCGUGUUCCAGGACAGUAUGCCCGUGUCUCCUUCUUCCUUCAUUCCUGCAGGCUGUUUAAUUUAUUCAAGAAAGAGGUGUUGCACGCCUGCGUGCCAGUGCAGGGAGCUGCGUCCAGCUGGGGAGAGCCAUUCCAGUUGUCAUGGGUGCUCUGAGGGAACAUUGAGGCAUUCCCGCCUGGGCAGGCACUUCUCUGACCAGGCCAGCUCAUCACUUACCCCGAGGGUUUCUCUCAGGAAGCCCCCUGCUGCCGGGCACCAUGACUGUGAGGGGGGCCGCACUGGCCCCAGAUCCAGCGUCGCCCACAACAGCAGCAGCCUCGCCCAGUGUCUCCGUGAUGCCCGAAGGCAGCCCCACGGCCAUGGAGCAGCCCGUGUUCCUGAUGACAACCGCCGCUCAGGCCAUCUCUGGCUUCUUCGUUUGGACGGCCCUGCUCAUCACCUGCCACCAGAUCUACAUGCACCUGCGCUGCUAUAGCUGCCCCAACGAGCAGCGCUACAUCGUCCGCAUCCUCUUCAUCGUGCCCAUCUACGCCUUCGACUCCUGGCUCAGCCUCCUCUUCUUCACCAACGACCAGUACUACGUGUACUUCGGCACCGUGCGCGACUGCUACGAGGCCUUGGUCAUCUAUAAUUUCCUGAGCCUGUGCUAUGAAUACCUUGGGGGGGAAAGUUCCAUCAUGUCAGAGAUCAGAGGGAAGCCCAUCGAGUCCAGCUGUAUGUAUGGCACGUGCUGCCUCUGGGGAAAGACUUACUCCAUCGGAUUUCUGCGGUUCUGCAAGCAGGCCACCCUGCAGUUCUGCGUGGUGAAGCCGCUCAUGGCUGUCAGCACCGUGGUCCUCCAGGCCUUCGGCAAGUACCGAGACGGUGACUUUGACGUCACCAGUGGCUACCUCUACGUGACCAUCAUCUACAACAUCUCCGUCAGCCUGGCCCUCUACGCCCUCUUCCUCUUCUACUUUGCCACCCGGGAGCUGCUCAGCCCUUACAGCCCCGUCCUCAAGUUCUUCAUGGUCAAGUCUGUCAUCUUCCUCUCCUUCUGGCAAGGCAUGCUCCUGGCCAUCCUGGAGAAGUGCGGGGCCAUCCCCAAGAUCCACUCAGCCCGCGUGUCGGUGGGUGAGGGCACCGUGGCUGCUGGCUACCAGGACUUCAUCAUCUGUGUGGAGAUGUUCUUUGCAGCUCUGGCCCUGCGGCACGCCUUCACCUACAAGGUCUAUGCUGACAAGAGGCUGGACGCACAAGUGCCGACAUACGGCCCUUACGGCCGCUGCGCCCCCAUGAAGAGCAUCUCCAGCAGCCUCAAGGAGACCAUGAACCCGCACGACAUCGUGCAGGACGCCAUCCACAACUUCUCGCCCGCCUACCAGCAGUACACGCAGCAGUCCACCCUGGAGCCCGGGCCCACCUGGCGCGGGGGUGCCCACGGCCUCUCGCGCUCCCACAGCCUCACUGGCGCCCGGGACAAUGAGAAGACUCUGCUGCUGAGCUCUGAUGACGAGUUCUAGGUGCGGCUGCUGGCGGGGAAGGACUGGGACCUUGGCCAGGGCAGGGUGUGCCCCUCCUCCAGCCUCACAUCCAGGCUGGGAGGCAGGCUGGCUCAGCUUCGGCAGUGCCCUUUAAUUUAUUGGACCAGAAACACAUAUCGCUUCAAGAGGAACAGCCGGAUGCUGUCUGCCCAGAGGAUGGCCCAGGCUCACCCAGGAGCCUUCAGGAAUAUUUAUACAAGGCCAAGGCUCUACUGCCUGGACGACGGGCAGAGGACAGUGGGAGCGACUCCCAUGCCCCUGCGGCUUGUCCUUUGGCGGCAGCAUGUUGGGACCAGCCGUGCCCAGGCCCAGACGCUUGUGUUGUGGACCAGCGGCUGCAGCCUUCUCAGCCCCUCGCCCACAAGACGUACAGCCCCUCCCCCAAACACCGUGCAAUACUCUGACCCGGGCUCUCCCUCCCGCCUGCUCCCUCCCCUGUCCCCUUGUCUGAUGCUAGGUUAGCCUCCCCCUGGGCAGGAGGAGGGAGGAGGGAACACGGAUGCUCUCUGUGGACCUUCCUCCUGACCCAGGCCUAACUGGCAUGCUGCAGGGAUCAGAGCCAGACACCAAGAGCCACGGGUCCCACCUCAGAAGGGUGCUCAGGCGCAUCUGGGCUCCUGAGUGUCCUCUCUGCAGCUGCACCUUCUGCCUGCCUCAUGCCCCUUCCUCCUGGCCUGCUGAAGACAGCCAGCCGCCCACACUGCCCUCCCACUUGCGGUCUUUCCUCUUGAGAGCAUUUUGGGUAGAGCCCUUGCUUCCCAGCUACUCAAAGGGUCAGGGGUUCCCACCCCUCCUUCCCAGGCUGAGCAGUCAGCACCUCUGCUGGAUCCUGGUCUCUCUCCCUGGGGCUGCUCCCUCCUGUUUCCUGGGGAGGGUCUGGUCUCCGCAUUUCAGACCAGCUUCCAGCUUCCGGAGGAUCACAGUCCUCCGGGAGGGAGGAGGGAGGGAUGGGGCAUGUGGCGGGGAGCCAGGAGAUGGGGGACUCCUCUCUCUGGCCCCGUAUCCGAACAGGGCCUGGUGUCCUGCCUCAUCUGGCCCCAAGGCCCAUCUCUUCUGUGCCUUAGUCACAUAUGAAAGCUCCCCCUCACUAGGCCCUCAGCCUGUCCCAGACACUCCUUGGGGGCCCCCUGUUAAGCUGCUGGCGCUCAGAGGAUCCUGCAGUGCUGGGCCAAGUGCCCUUGGACAGGCCUCAGGGGUGGCCAGGACCACCAGUCCCCUCCCCCUCCCCCACCUCCAUGCCCAUAUCAUGGAGCUUCCUGGGGCCAGAGCCCCCAGGCAGGCCGGGCUUACACUGGCCACUGUCUUCGGAAGAGCCUUGUGAUGGGACACAAUGCACGUUCAUACAGGCGGAGUGUUCUGUCGCUUGAAACCCAGAGAGCACAUGGGUUUGGGCUGCAACAGCCUGGAGGAGGGGGCAGAGUGGGGGAGGAGGGCCCUGUCCUGUGGGAGCAGAACUUCGCUGUGGCAUCUCUCCUUCUGGCCACUCUUGGCCUGAACUGUACCGAGGUCGGGAGGGGGGUUCCAUCACAGUAGUCUUCCCCGGCCUCCUUCAGUGACCAAGCCAGCCCUGCAGGUGGGGGCGCACAGAGGCCUGCAUGUCUGGUACCGGAGGCCAGCUCUCGGGCCCCUGGUGGGCCUGGCCAGUGGUGGCAGGCUAUGCAGGAGGCAGCAUGUCGGUGCAGGCCGUCCCAGGAGGACCUCUAUCCGCCCCCACCAUCUGCUCUCAUGAAUCUGUUUCUCUGAUUCUCCUUCCAGGCCAAAGUGUGCUGCUGACUCCCUGCCCCACUGGUCUUUGCCUACCCUGCUACCUGCCCGCUGGCAUGGUGGAUGCGGGGCUCCGUGGCAGGGAGCUAGCAGCCCCUGGGGGGAUGGGGGCUGGGAACGUGUGCCCAACCACUCCACCCCUCCUUCCUAGGAUGUGUAAUCUGCCUUGUCUUUUUAUUUUUUAUUUUUUUUGUUAAUUUUUUUCCCCAAUAGAGUAGCUCUUUGUACAUAAAAAAUACUUGAAAAAUUAAUUGUAUGAUGUAUGAGAAGACAGAGUCCCCUAGUUUUGUAUCUCGUGUAUGACUGCCAUGAGUACCACCAGAAAGCCGCUCUAUUUUGGUCUCUGUGACAUUUUAAAUGCGUGACAGAAGUGAGCAAAUACAGUGAGAAAGAAAUAUAUAUAUGAGAUAAUAUAGAUUGUAUUGAAAUCUC